AUGUUGCCUCAUCCUCACCAACGUCCUCUUCCGUCUUCAAAUGUGAGAGAAGUCCACCUGGCUGCACCUUCGGUCGCGACACUGGUCCCUGAUGGACUAUGUCCGAAUACAGAGGCGAGACCAACAGGACGUACUGGUGAUGAAGACGAUCUCGGGUACCGACGACGGAUGAUCCGACCAUCGUGUCAUCAUCUUAAGGAUGAGGAGGCGCCUACAGCCACUCAGGAUACCCCAAGGUAAACGACUCCCAGGUAAGUUGAAUAUUGCUUUGUUGUCUUUGCCUGCUCGCCAUCUCCAUUUCAUUAAUGAACUAGCUCAAAGGCCAACCAACUUUCCAGUCCCUACCGCCGCCGCCGCCGCCACCGACAACGAGAACGCCUCCGUUAAGAAGCGAUCGUACCGCCGUCAUCGCAGCACCACCGAUAUCAUCUUCGCCGCUCGUCAGCUACAGAAGAAGUGUCCGGAGAUGCGGAUUCACCUCUACUCUACCUUCAUGUAUCGGACGGAGGUCUUUGAAACGGUGAAUCGCGAAGGACUUUCGAAAAGCAUGCGGAGAUUCGGCUGUCCAGAGCGAUUUAAUUCGACAUUGCGUCAGUACCAUGAUCGCAUGACGACGCGUGUCACAGACAAUAGAGCCGUCCCGGAGGCAUUCGCAGUGACCAAUGGAGUGAAGCAGGGUCGCAUCCCCGCGCCUAGUCUUUCUACCAUGAUAAUGGACGUCGGGGAAUCCGCGUCGUCUACAGGACGGAUCACAAACUCCUCAAUCAGCUGCCAAUGCAUUUUCAGUCGCAUGCAUCCACUAUUUUCGUCGACGACUGCGCGCUCACGCCACUUCAGCGGAGGACAUGGAAGGAGCAUGAACCUGUUCGUCGCCCCUGCGACAAUUUCGGCCUGGUUAUCAACACGGAGAAAAUGGUGUUUAAACACACAAACUCACCCAUCGUAGACUACAAUGCACCCACAGUCAACCUGAAGGACGCCCAUCCGCAAGCCGUGGACAACCUCACUUAUCUGGGCAGCACCCCUUCUCGCAACACCAAAAUCGAGAAUGAAAUUGCUUGCCGGAUUUCCAAGGCCAGUCAAGAAUUCGGCUGUCUUCAAAACAGUCUCGAAUCGUCAAGAUCUUCACCUUGGCACGAAACCAAAGGCGUACAAACCAGUCAUCCUGCCAAAACAGUCGAAUAA